AGCAGGUUUGCCAUAUUUUGGUUUAUGUUAAUGGAACCGUUCAUUUCAAUUCCUAAAAUUACAACAGGGCUAGGACUAAAGUAUCCCAUGUUCUAAAAAGUGGUGUUCCCGGAUUUUAAUUUGAAUGAUAUAUUACGAUAGAAACACAAGCUGUGGGAUUUUCAUUGACAUUGUCAAGAUGGAUAAGUAAAUCCAGAUACACAACAAUGUUCACUUUGAUAAACAGAUAACCUGGACGAAUAAACAAGAUAACAAUGACGAUGUUAAUUAAAGCUUGGCUGUUAUGUCAGCUGGCGGUGGUUUCUGUCGAGAUGCUCGAAUCACUACCAUCGAUGGAAACAUUCUUUGGACUAAAACUUACAUGUACUUUUCCCCCAGCGACGUGUUUUAAUAGAUGUUUUGGAAUAGACUCCAGGGGAUCUUCGUGCAAGUGUGAUAAACUGUGUGUUGUGUUCGGCGACUGCUGUCCCGAUUUUUACACUUUUUGUUAUAUUUUCCCUAAUAAUGAAAUAAUGUUAAAGUUUAUAAAAUCUAACGGUAGGCCUGAACUAACUGAACAAGAGAUGAACAGAAUCGAAGCGUUCGCUGAUUCCUCAAGUUGUAAUAAAGUCAUGAUUGGGAAUUUUGGGAAUUAUAUUUACAUAAGAUCUAUUGCUACUUGUAAUAAAGAUUACCCGAAUGGAGAUAUUAAAGACAAAUGUGAAGGAAGAACCCGGGCAUUUCCUUUGGAUAUUCCACUGUCUGUACUGUCAACACCCUUCAUGACCUACCAGAACGUGUAUUGUGCUGUUUGCAAUUAUUUGGAUCUUACUGAAGGUAUCAAGUAUUGGUCGGCUAAAAUUAAAUGCCAGGUUGAUAUAGCGGUUACUUUACGAACAAUAGAAGAACUUCGGCUUUAUCCAGAAGAACGUUGUCAAACACUUCUGACUAGUCCAGAUGAUGUACAACUUCGAAUAUGUGAUGGUCAUUUGGACCACCAGUCCUGUAGUAAGAACAAGGAGGUUCAAAUUCCACCGGAUACUUCAGAAAGGGAAGCUAGAAGCGUCUCGGAUUCUGGUCCAUACGUCAAGGCAGGAUACGUCGGUAGCGGUGGGGUGAAAUACCCAUCUUCCUCUGGUCGUCAUGAUAUUAGAAAACGCAACGCUGAUGACACUCAAGAAGUAAACAUUACUCUCUUCAAUAGUGGAAGCGACAACACAGGACACAACGUUACCAAAGUUGAUGCAUUUCAAAGGUCUGCUUCAAGCAGUAAUGAUAAUCUUACCGAAAUCGAUAAAGCAUCUACACCUUCGCUAUUAUUAAAGACUACCAGUCUCCCCACCGAAUCUGUAACCAUCGCUGAGAAAACAAUCAUCACUACUCAGGUCGUUAAAUCACAGGUAGUUCCUAUGAGAAUGCCAUUUAAUCUUGAAGCUGAUAGUAGUAACAACACAGUGUCGACGGUGGCUAGCACCGAUUCGCCACGCGAUCCUUUGCAAGCUGAAUUAAAUAUACAGGACUCGGAGAAUACGAAUUCGGAUGUGCUUAUCGAGAACAACCUGUCCCUUCUAUGUGACGCCUAUUAUUACCAAUACAACAGAGAUCGAAUGUGGUACAAGAACCCACAUUGUUAUGCAUGUCAGCAUGGUUGGGGUGUCUUUAAAGAUACAAACACGACUUCAAAGCGAAAUGAAAUAAAGUGUCGGUUCACAAGAUUGUUCGACCAGGAAAUGGGACUUUGGCCAUCAGGAACUAAAGAAGUAAAUCACCAGUUUGGCGUUUAUGGGAAUACGUUUGUAUUUUACUCAUCGGAUCUUGGUACGGUACUCGAUGAAGUUCCCAGUAAUUGUGAUAUAGGAGCUGUCUAUGACAUGAUAUCACAUACCUGCAAAGCAACUGAGUGUCCACAGGGUUUCUUACCAUACUUUGAGACAUGUGUCAAUACAACAUUAUAUUCGCUCUAUAUUAGCAACAUUAACGACAGCACCACACUGUACGUUACAAUGGACGGGUCCACUACAGCAAUAUACGAUAGAUAUCUGGACCUGGUACAAAAUGUAGUUGAUGAUCUAGAAUCCGUGGACUUCAAUAAAGUAGAGCUUGAUCAAUCAUCUGGAAUGGUUUCAGUUAACAGAAGCAUAAAGCUAACCUCUUUAGACCUCGUAAAACAAGGCUAUCUUACUGAACAUAUUACGGCACAUGGCGAACUCUUUAUUGAACAUAUAUUCACGCUCCUACAACUUAAAAUUACUGUUCCUAUCCUCUUCAAUGAUACGAGUCAAACGCUACACGAUCUGAUGUAUGGGGAUAGUAAACAAUUCCUCCUUGAAAAUUACAACAUGACCAUUCGAAAUUACGAAGUUGGUACUGUACAAUCCUGUCCCACGGGUAUUUCACAAACUCAUACUAAUUUACCCAUGAUCUCGAUUGGACGACACGUAUUUGUGGACAUUAUGAAACAGUUGGUAGACAUCAGCAAAGCUAGAUUCACCAUCGGAAGAAAUGCUAAUAAUUCCUGGAUAGUGGAGUCUAUAACGUAUUGUGGUCGGACCAUCUUUACGGAAGGGCAGACCGUAAAAACGACAUCGACUAUAUCACUAUUAUGUAACGACACUGUCACACUAGAUCGGGCCAUGUUUGAUGAAAUCGGGGAACGAGUGAGGUUGAAGACAGGUGAAUUAAUGGCACCGAGUGAUUUUGUAAGAAAUGGUGAAGAUUUGGUCGUCUGCCGUGAAGCAUUAUCUCAACAAUCGUUAAUUCUGGAUCGUAAUUCACAGAUCUUGUACAAAAACAUCCUAACAAUCAUAUCCAUUAUCUUAAAACUUCUCACGUUUCUUGUCAGUAUUUGCAGGAAAUAUUCCAUUCAGGGUGGAGCCUAUUUUUAUAUUUUAGCACUGACCACCUCCUUCAUUGAUGUUGUACAUUUGCUGGAAAAUUUAACAAUCGUAAUCAUACCCACUAUCUUGCCAAUCAUGCUUCAUUUCAGUUGGUUGUUUGCUUUGUACAAUUCAAUGGCUUGGUGCAUCAACAUGAUUGGUUCAGAUUCUAAAAGAACCAUCAGUUGCUGUUCCCGACACCUGGUAAUAUCUGCAAUUGUUCCCAUAGCAACUGUUGUCAUCUGUGCAACGGGAGAUAUCAACGACCCGCCGUGGGAUAUAGGUUACGGCAGUAAUAGCCAUAUAUUUUCGGCUAAGCCGAAUGUUGUUCUUUACGGCUAUGUCUUACCAGCUUCCGUUGCAGUUGUAAUAACUGUAUUGUGUCAUAUUUACAGAAUAGUUCGUCGUAAGAUGUAUGAAAAAGAUAAGAUCUUCUAUUCUUGUAAUAUGCUGGUAACCGGUCUUUUGGUUGUACAGUUUACGUUUGGUUGUCUGGAAGGUCGAGAAGAUAGUACUGUCUUUUACUAUCUUUAUUUUACAUCUUCUAUUAUUGUAAGCUGGACGUUCCUUGCUAUAUGCGUCCUUAUUUGGAUGAAGAAGCCAACUAGAUUAUCCAGUUCGCUGAAAUACAUGGAAGCUACAACCACGAAAUCGGAAAAUAUCUACGAAACAGCAGAUUAAAAGCGUGUUUGGUUGCCAAUACCACACACCUAGAUUCUGUUUCCAUGAUCCAGUCCGUUGUUGGCGUGUGACUUGGCCACCAUCCAAAACAUCCACCGCGGAGGAAAUUCGAGGAUUUUAAUUCGUUAGGAAUAGAAUCGUGGCAAACAAAAUAGUUUUAAAGCAGAAUCAGCUAAAUAGAUUUACUUUUGCAAGAAUUGGUUGAUUCUGUAAGUCGUACAUAAAUUUAUCUUUUCUUUCUGUAUUCUCCCGGCAUACGGCAACACCUAGUAACUCACGUUUUUCUUUUUUUGAUAAACAAGGGAAAACGUAAUGAAUGAAUAUUAAGCCCCAGCUUAUCCAUUGAUUUGACUAUUUGAGUUACUAGGUUUUUCUGUGGCAUACUAGGCAAAUGAAGCAAGUUGCUCGGCUGUAUCAUGGGUGUAACUGCUUACAAAAUCAAAAGAUCGGAACAUCUACUACAACAGGAAACACAUAUCCUAGUAACUACAAAUUUGGUCCUAACUCAAUUUUGAUAAAAAAAAAAAAGUGAGUUACUAGGUUUUGACUUUUGACGGGACCAACCACCUACUACUGCUUAAUAUCUCUUUGUGCGAAAUAAAGAAGUACCAUAUUAUAUCAGUUUACUAAUGACCCGGCUUGGGUCGAGAUUAAGUUAAAGUAUAUUCGAUUCUAUUUGUUGUUCAGUGCUGAUUUUAGUAUUGUAUAUUUCAUAUAUUCUUAAUUAAAUUUGUACACUCGAUUUACGUAUAUGUUGUUGGGAUAAUACUUUUCGUUUUAUAUUUGAUUAUGUACUAUAAAAUCAGAAGAAUAACAAUUGUUUAUAUUUUGAUGAUCUGAUAAUCUAUAAAAAUCAGGCAAACAAUAGAUAAUUGGAAUCUAAUUUUAUUUGGAUUGAAUAGAGAAUAGGGGUAUUUAAAUAACUAAACAUUUUGAAGGAAUUAUAGUCAAAUUAAGGUCAGGUCUCAAAUACAUUUUAUUGUAUGUGUCAUGGCACUAUAAGAAAAACGAAAUUGUAUUCU